CAUUACCAUUAGCAAGAAAACAGAGAAUUUGUUGAAGGAAAGAGAGAUACUCAUUGGCGAAAUGGAGACUAUACGGCAACGUAUGAAAAAUUUGACUAUUUAUGCGGAAGAGCUUGAAAAAAAAAAUAGUGAGCUUGAUAAGCGAAUGAUGGAAAUGCAAGAAACUAUCGGCAUGCAAUUGAAUGAACUGUCACGAGAGAAAAGAGUUCGAGAGAGGACGGAAACAGAGGCGCGACAACUUCAGGAAGAAAUCAUUGUAAAGAAAAACGAACUUGAGGUAAAAUAUUCGUUAAGAUUAUAAGAAAUUGAAAAGAUGAUAUAAACUUACUUAUACAUGUU